GGUCCUCUUUUAAUCCUCCUACGAGGUUAAUUAGUUUAAUUAAUUAUUUAGCGAGGGGAAUUAAUUAAUUAAUGGCCGGAGGAGAGCGGGGGGAGCAGCGGAUGUACGAGUGCAAGACGUGCUGCCGGAGGUUCGCGACGUUCCAGGCGUUAGGCGGGCACCGGACGGGCCACGCCCGGCUGAGGUGCGGCGGCGGCGAAGCUGCUACGCGGCAGAUGGUGAGCCUGCAGAGAAGGGCGGAGCCCAGUAGGACGGCGCACGCCUGCCCUGUCUGCGGCGUCACGUUCACGAUGGGGCAGGCCCUCGGAGGCCACAUGCGCCGCCACAAGACGGCUGCGGCUGCGGCUGCGGCAGCGAAGCCGGGAGCUACGACAGCCGCCGCCGGAGCAGUCGUGAUGGCGGCGGGGAAGCAGCUGCAGUGGCUGGACUUGAACUUGCCGCCGCUGGAGAGCGAGCUGCAGCUCCAAUUCGUUAGCGAAGAGGAAGGCUCCUCGAACGCCAUCGAUUUGGUCCCAAAUUGCUCAUCGUAUAGCGGUUGAUUAAUCGAUUGGUUAAUUAGUUUUCACUUUCUUCAGCAAUGCUAAUAUAGUGAGAUCACUGAGAAGAAAACUUGAGAUCAUAUAAGACAC